AUGCAACCGAAGCGUGCCAUCAGAUUUUUCAUAUUAUAUUGCGUUCUUGGCUGGACUCGUACAUCCCCAGGAGAUAUUGAGGCUCUCUGCGACAGAGGAAUUCUCAAUCAUACACUGGCCACUCAUGAACAAGUGUUUGCAGAAGCAGCAGAACUAAAUACUCUCUCCCUGGGGGUUGCCUAUGAGGAGCAACAUAACUUUCCUCUUCAUAAAGUAAUUCGGGAUAUUGACAUCCAUACAAGCUAUCCACGGAAUAAAUGGAGAGUAUUGCUGAUGCGUACCUAUUUCCCUUCACCAACCAAUCUCAUAUCUUUCACCUUCACGGUUGUUGGUAUGUACCUCGCCGUCGUUCAAACCGUAUUUGGGGUCCUUUCUUAUAACCCUCCAAAGCAGUAG